AUGCCGAUAAGAAGAGGUCACGUUGCGCCACAGAACACCUUCCUCGGAUUGAUCAUUCGGAAAUUCGAGGGUCAGAACCGUAAAUUUAUUAUAGCCAAUGCAAGGGUGGAGAACUGUGCGAUCAUAUACUGCAACGAUGGCUUCUGUGAGAUGACGGGCUUCUCAAGACCAGACAUAAUGCAGAAGCCAUGCACCUGUGACUUCCUCCAUGGGGACCUCACUGACAAAGAGGCCAUUGACCAGGUGGCACAGGCUGUGCUUGGUUCUGAGGAGCGCAAGGUGGAGAUCACCUACCACCGUAAGGAUGGUGACUGCAGCUUCUCAUCAUCCACCUCGUGA